CUAGAGUAUUAAGUUGUCUACCUUUUAUUAUCAACCCAUCUCCUUUCUCUCACAAACGACCGCUUUGUUAGGCUCUUGCAAGUGCAACAAUGAAAAUGGCGAAGGUUUCGUCACUACUACGGUUCCCCAAGUACCGAAGCUUCGUUGUCAUCCCUGUCACAAUACUACAAACAUCAGCCGCUGUCACCAACCACCGCCACAAAAGUAGGAGGCUUUGCUGUUCAGUUUGGGAAUCCGUUUUGAAUUUUCACCGGAAAAACAGUAGCAGAGUCUUCGCAUCCGAUUUCCCUGAUUCUCUAGCAGUUACCUCUACUCUAUCUACUCCCAAUCAUAAGCGCCAUGAGGAAUAUGGUCGCUUGCUUCCAUGCCCUGCGGAGAAUGUUUUGCCAAGAAACAUUGAGCACUUAGUUGUUAAAGAAGGAGGACCCAUUCUUGACUUCAUUACCAAAGCUUUGGAUCUUCCACCCUUGUAUGUUGCAGAUCUUAUUCAUUUUGGAGCAGUGCACUAUGCCCUUGUAUGCCCAAAGCCUCCUUCAACCGCAACAAUGGAAGAAAUCAGAUUGUAUAAAGAAUUUACCAAUCCGUCCCUCCUAAGAAAGAGACCUUCACUCAAAGGGAAAACCCUAAGAGAGGCACAAAAUACUUUCAGGAUUACUCGUAUUGAUGAGUUUGUUGAAGCCGGGACUUAUGUAAGGGUGCAUGUACGUCCAAAAAGAUUUCCAAGAUGCUAUGAAAUUGAGUGGAAGUCAAGAAUAAUUGCUGUGACAGAGUCGUAUGUGGUUCUUAACAAGCCAGCUGGCACAUCAGUGGGUGGAACUACAGACAACAUUGAAGAAACAUGUGCAAAUUUUGCUACUCGUGCCUUGAAAUUAACUACUCCAUUAAAGACAACUCAUCAAAUUGAUAAUUGCACGGAUGGCUGUGUUGUGCUAGCUAGAACUAAGGACUACUGUUCAGUUUUCCAUAGAAUGAUCAGGGAGAAAAAAGUGAAGAAACUUUAUCUUGCACUUGCUGCUGCUUAUGUGCCACCUGGCAUCAUGACCCAUUACAUGCGACCAUUUCGAAAGGCUCCAAAAAUUAUUUCCAAAGACUUCAUUCCCGGAUGGAAUCUGUGCCAAUUGGAGGUCCUGGAAUGCAGGAAAGUUCCAUGGCCAAAUGCUUCCAUUGAAGAAGAGAAUGGAAUUCAGGAUUUGAAUUGGCCAAAUAAAGAGUUUGCAUAUGAGUGCAAGAUCAACCUUUUAACUGGUCGUACUCACCAGAUUCGAGCUCAACUAGCAGCAUGUGGUGCACCAAUAGUGGGGGACUCGUUGUACAUGCCAGCUGUAGUCUCAGAGCUAGUGGGUCCCGGGAAGUCAAAAAAACAAUUUGAAAGUGAAUCCGCCAUUGAAGAGUGGGCUGCAAAACACGGGAAGGAACCUGGUGUGAGUAUUGGCCUUCAAGCUUCUCAAAUUUCAUGGGAUGAAGAUGAAGGACAACAACACUUGUAUCAGGCGGGACCUCCAUGGUGGACUCAAUAAUGUGAGGUUCAUGUUCAUCAAUUUAUUUUUUUUAUUUUUUUUGGGGGGUUAAAUGUGAGAAAUAUAGCAAUGUACUUUGAUUUAGUUGUGUAUCAUAGC